AGGAGCCAUUACCGCGAAAACACGUUUUUUACAGUUGUGAAUGGUCAAAUGAAAACAGUGUGUAUCAACUGCACGAUGUACAUAUAUAUAUAAAAAAAGAAACAAGGAUAGAUUUUUUUCGCAAUAUUGAUGUGUUCUUCUUUGGUUAAGAAGGAGACCUUUGGGAUCAAUCAUGACAGGAAAAAACACUUCCACUGGUUUUCUCAAAGAUGUGGUGGCGUAUGUUGAUGUGUGGUCUGCGAGCAGAAUGGAGGAUUACUCUGAUCCAUUCAUUCAGCAGCUGCAGGACAUGGGUGCAGAGGUAUCUAAGACACUCAACAAACAAGUGACCCACGUAGUCUUCAAACAUGGCCGCCCGUCCACAUGGAAGAAAGCCCAGAAAAUGGGUGUGAGGAUUGUUUCUGUCCACUGGGUAGCAAGAUGCAAAGAGAGUAAUGAACAUGUGGAUGAAAAUCUUUUUCCUGCUCAAAAUGAAGAGUCCAAACUUCAUCUAAAUAAAAGAACGCACCGUUGCAUGCAACCUAGAGAUAUUCCUAUAAAGACCCCUGAGAAUGACAGGCGGCUGAAGAAAAAAUUAGACAAGAUGAUGGAAGGCUUGAUCUCCUCAUCCCCCAUUGUUUCCGACACAUCACCAUUCGUUAUUGAUGAGGAAAAUGGAGUAGUGUACAGUCCCUCUUUAAAACGCUCUGACAGCAUGGCUCAGCGACUGAGAGAAAUGAGAGCUCAACGUGAACAUCUCUCACCCACUGUCUCACAGAUGCUGGAUAGUGCCUCAGAAUGUAAUUCACCUUUGAGACCACCUCUUGGGGAAUCACCAACUCUGUCUUUCUUGCAACAACUAGAGGAAGAGCCUUUGGAUUGCUUCUCAACCUCUCACUAUCAUUCCUCCAAGAAAAGAGAUGAACAAGAAAAACAAAACUGUAAUAAAAAGUUAACAAUGAAAAUGACAAGUAAAGAAAAAAAAAAAACACCACCUGAAUCAGACACAGCCAUGGUUAUGUGUAAUCUGGCCGGUGUUGAAACACAUAGUAAAGUCUCACCUAUAUUUUCCCGAUCAAGAAGGUCUUUAGUGAACAACGUUGGAGAAAAGAAACAGUCCACUUUAGAGAGUUACAUUGAUAAUACCUGUUCUGAAAGAAAACAAAGCUCACACCUCAAACCACAAACUGAAAACAGUGGUAUAUCUACAGAGUUAUCUGGCAGCCCUGAAAGACCUGAAAGUUCCUUGCCUGAAAGCCUGACAAAAACCAAUCACAAAAACAGCAAAAGUAUACAGCAAUCCAAUGAUCUGCAAACCAACUCCAAACGUUUAUAUUUCAAGAAGCAUACUUCAUCAGGCAGUUGUUUUACAGAAAUUGAAAGUGACGGAUCGGUAACUCCCAAGCCCGUUCAUAAAUUUCAACAUCAAACUUCUGCUGUUUUGUGUUCUGCUGACUCGGUUGCUGAUGUUCCUAAUAGAGAUGUUGUGGAUGGUGAGGUGUUUGAAGACUACUUCUUACCAGCCAACAAUGCCCUUAAACAAAAGGUCAUUUUAUUUGGGUCGACCUCAGAAAGAUUGCACAUGCCCGCUUUUGACCUGGAGGACUCAAACAAGAGGAAGGGCAAGAGAUCACUUGGUAAAAAGCGAAAACAUGAAAAUAUUGACAUUAAAGACUUGUUGGUUGGCUCAUCAGGCCCUGCUCCUGAGACACAUGAAUCAAGGCCUGAAUGUUUGUCUGUGGCGACAUGUGAGUUGCCCAGGUUUGAAGAAAUAAAACUUGAGGCAUCGGCAAAGAAACAGAAGACACAAACUAGGUUAAGCUCUGCUGUUCUUUCUGAAGUGAAGAAGUAUAAAAGCUCAAUUGAGCUCAGUCCUGCUAAUGAAAAGAAGACUUCAACGGCUACUUCUCCAGUGUCAUCCUCAGCGGUUAAUGUGAAUCCACAAAUACAGAACUAUCUUGAAAGUGCCCCUGACCCCAAACAUGCCAUUGAAAAGAGACAGAUGGGUUUAAAAAUUGUAGGCAAAGAAAAUGAAAGGGCAACUGAUGGGAGCAUUGAGAGAAGUCCUGAAAUGAGUAGCAAACCAAGACACAUGAAAAAGGACAAGUUCAUGAAG